UUUUGUGUCUGUCUAGAAUACUAUUUCUUUCAUUUUAUUUCUAUCAUUUUCACUAUUUUUCUAACGAAUUUUCCUUUAGAGUCUAGCUUUUUGUUUAACUUUCUAUACUCGUUUUCUUCUUGUCUCAUAUUUGACCAAUAACACAUUUUGCCAAUACGGGUAAAAUUUCGCGUUUUGUCAUUAAGCCUUGUUGACAAAAUGUAGGAUUUUAGCCGUGUUGGCAAAAUGUGUUAUUGGUCAAUUUGGGGGUGCCUUUUUCUUCUUUUUUGUCAGUUUUUUUCAGUUUUUUGCCAGUUUUUUUGACAUUCUUUUAUUUUUCCUUUAAUUUUAGUAAAAUGAACACAACAAAUUCAAUCGAAAUGGGUGUUUACUCAACAAUGCUAGAAUCCGAAAUUAACCUCGACGGCAGUGAAGAAAUCAUUGAAACCCAAUACGGACUCAUUAAAGUAAUCAUUUAUGGGGACAAAAAUGGCCUUCCUCUGAUAACUUUUCAUGACAUUGGAAUGAAUUCUGACAUGAAUUUUAACAAUUUUUUUACUUUUUUGACGCCUUCAAAGUUGAUGAAACGCUUUUGUGUGUAUAAUAUUAAUGCGCCUGGACAGGAAUUUGGGGCUAGCAAAUUGGCUGGGGACUUUACUUUUCCAACCAUGGACGGACUGGCUGGUAUUGUAGACGAUGUUGUUUCUCAUUUUGGGUAUUUCUCUUUUAAAGUAUUCACCUUUCACUAA